GCGCCGAGAAUGGGUAGGUAUUGGAGGGGAGCCUCUGCCCUUGUAAGGGGGUCAGGGUCACCCCUUUGACAUUUUUGAAAUACCGGUAUAAAAUGCUGGCCUCUGCUGCAUUUACUGGUGGAAGUAGUCCAAUUAUUAAAAGAGGGUCAGCGGGCUCUGCCCCUGGACAGUUUUGAAAUAUAGGUGUGAAAUGGUGGCCUCUGGUGCGUUUCCUGGUCUAAAUUUUAAGAAAAUAUUAUUCAUUUGCCAAAAUAGUAGAAUGCAUCUUUGAUGAGCAUAGGUCACUUCUCAGCCAACUGGGGGUGGGGGUGUAAACAGUUAUCUAAGGAUUCCAGGAUAAUUCAUUCGUUUAUUCGUUACAAGCGUGCAGAACAACCUUACGUUUUAUUUUUAUCAUAAAACUACUGGCUGUCUUCACAUGUUUUAUCGUCUGUAACGUGUAAACAGUUAUUUAAGUUGAUUUGUAUCUUCACUAGUUUAAACUUGAUUCUCCUUCUAGUUGUUUGAUUUUGACCCUACAUAAUAUCAAAGCAAAUCUUCCUUGUACAUUAAAUGAACUUCAAAAAUGCCAUUGUCAUUACAUUUUAUUACGUUUCAAAUUGUAAUCAGAUAUUUAAUCAGCGGCAUGAAUUAAAUGAAGUGUUAAAAUAAUAGCAUGUUAAAGCUUAUGUUUCACAGUCUUGAUAAUACACUGAAAAAAGAUAUUUGGAUUAAAAAAUAUAAGUGAAAACUGAACUCGAUACGGUCAAACCUGUCAGUAAAGCCCAGCCUUUGGAAAUGAGGCGAACGUUGUUUUUAUUGAGAGCGGAUGUCUCAACUGAAGUAGAUAUAAACUAUAUGGUUAAACGUGGUGUGACAGUUCUGGCCUUUAUAGGCAGGUAUUGUGUAGUAUUUUCUUUUACAGUUUUGACUGUAUUUGUUAACGAUUGUACUAGAGUCAUCAUUACAACAGUGUUUCAAACGUUUUAGUCCAUUUCUAAGAAAUGGGUUAACUUUGUAGGCUGCAGUAUAUUUUUUAAGAAAAGUUUUGUUGAGGUGAUUGUGGCCAAAAUAAGCCUUCAAAACGCCGACAAAUUCUUUUUGUUACCAUAUAUCAAAUGGUACAAAAAACAACGAACAAAUAGCUUUUGCAUUGUAUUUUCGGCCAAAAAUAACAAAAAGGCGACGUCACGUAAAAAUACGAUUUUUUUUUCAAUCCAUCUUACAGAAAGUUUUCUUCAAAACUCCAACAUCUGGAAAGUUAAAUUACCUCUUUUUUAUGUAUUUUCAAAGGGGAUUAUUUGUUAAAAGUUCAAAUAUCUUGUUAGACUGUUGUUUUGUUGUUGUUGAUUUUUCUAUAAAGGAGAAUAAUAGUGGCGACGUUGCUUAAUUUUGUUUUGUAUGCAAUUUAAUAUUGUUUCGCCUUGUUAUAUACUUUUUAUUUACUUGUUAUUUAAAAUAAAGGCCGAUUUCGGCCAAAGACGCACAUAUUCACUUGUUCCUUUUGAAACAACUUCGUUUUAACCAAACUUUGAACAACCCGCUUUAAUCAUAAAUGAACACCUGAUUAAUCAAAAGAAUAAUGAUAACAAUCAGUAACACUACUACCCUGACUAAGUUUAUUAAAGGUAGUUAAUCUGAUUUCGGUCAUAUUUUGGUUUUGUUUCAUUUUUUCACGACUGAUCAUGGUGGCGCGGCGGUUGCAGGUAAGACUAUAGAAUUAGCGAACGUGUUCCAUUUGAGAUGGUGGAUGAGUGCCGGUGAUGACUUAAUUACAGUAUACAAGUAAACCAAAACUAGAAAAUAUCAUAAAAGGUUUACGAUCAUGCGACUGAGCACCUUUAGAUGCUAUAUGUGAAUCACAAUUCACCAGCCAAUUGUCACAUAUUGUUUGAACUGUGAAAUCAAAUAAAGUUUUAAAUUUUCAGACAUAAAAAGGAAAUGUAUGAGAAAACUUUGUAUUUUCUAUCGACUCUGCUAGUUAUUUUAAUGGGAUAUGGACAAUGCAGAUUUAUUCCCAGUUAUUCUAAAGAACUAGAGAUGGAAUUAAGACGCACGGUUUUCGAGGACUACGAGGUGUGGCAGAGACCGAGGGAGCUGAAUAAAGUGAGAACAUCAAUGAACCUUCUCGCACUGAACUAUCUGGAUAUAAAAGAACAGAAACUGUCAGUGAAAGCAUACUUUCACUUCGUAUGGUGGGAUCCAAGGCUUAGCUGGAACACUGAUGACAAUUAUACAAACAUUCGAUUUCUCUUCAGCAACGAACAACGCGUAUGGAAGCCGGCGAUGAUCGUCGAAAAUUCGGUGGACGAUAUUGAUGUUCUUUCGAAACCGAACAUACCUAUGAGGAUUAUAAGCAAUGGUUUUGUAGCAUGGAUGCCAGCUGGAAUUUUCACGACCUACUGCGAGAGUGAUGUAACUUAUUGGCCUUUAGACACACAAAAAUGUGACAUCAUCCUUAGUUCCUGGGGAUAUACAGCUCGUGAAGUAGAACUAGUAUUUGAUGACGACGUAAUAGUGACGUCAUUUUAUCAAGAGAAUGGUGAAUGGGAAUUUAUAGGUAACACGUCAUCAAGUGUCGUCAUAAGGAGAGAAUUACAAAGCUUCAGUCGUCUGAUAUUCACGCUGUCUUUCAGGAGAAGACCACUCUUCCACCUAUUGAAUACUCUCUUCCCAGUAGUACUAAUGGGAUUCCUAACGGUAGCAAUAUUCAAGCUAAGCCCGGAGUCAGGGGAGCGGGUUGGACUGGCACUGACUAUAUUACUGGCAUAUGCUGUUUAUCUGGGUCUUAUAUCUGAGAGCAUACCACAGACGUCAUUGACAGCAAGUUUACUGUCCACAUACCUAGCAUCAAUACUUCUUCUGCAGACGUUAGCAGUCCUGCUCACAGUCAUUUACCUUGAUAUCUACUUUACACCGGAAGAACAUCCAGUCCCUCGAUGGUUACAGUUUAUGACGUCAUCAUGUCUCGCGAAAGUCAUUUGCAAAGAAUGUUGCUGCCGCAAAAGCAGUACAACUAUUGUACUGCCUCGGAAGAUGGAAGCUAAAAAUAGCAAAACUGAUGACCAAACUAAAGGUGACAUAAAAGAAGCUUGGACAAACGAGGAGGAAACUAAAGUUUACAAAAGGAGAUACUCUUGGAAGGAAAUCGCCCUGAUGCUGGACAAAUGUACUAUGUAUAUCUAUUUAAUAUGUGUUACCGGAUUCACAAUAACUUGUUUUACUCUCAUGGUUCGUCAUUACAAUUCGUCAUAUAUGACGAUGUAAUAGAUGAAAGAAAAAUAUCGUCACUUCAGUGCCAAAAGUGCGUUUUAGCUUUCUUUAUAAAUAUCAAUGCAGUUAUCAAGAUCGAUGAAUCAUUUGCCCCUCAUCGAUAUAAGUUAAAAACCUUACAUGGGUGUAGAAUUCGUCAUGAGAGGAACCUAUCCAGCCGGGUCACGGUCGGUUGGUGGUUCUACCAAGGUGCCUGCCGUUGCCUGAAGUAAUUUCCAGAGUGACACAUGGGGUCUUACUACGCCAUCAAAAGCUGGAAUGAUCCCCAUAUGACCUACAUUUGUCAGUGAAACUUAAACCCAGCAAAAAUGUCAUUAGCCACAUUUUAAGCUUAUGUGGCUUAUAUGUUUCACUUUGGGUUUAAAUUAUUGCUUGUCCUCCGUUUAGUAAAACAACUAAACUCCGUUGAGAUUUAUUUGUUAUCAGAUCAACGUUUGCCACUUUCAGUAGAAAUUAUGCAUGUUCUUGAAUAUCACAAGUCUUUAGAUCAAAAUAUCUCACAUGAUGAAUGAUUUUGAUAAAUUAUUGAAUGUUGUCUUUAAUUUCUUGCUGAUGCGGGAAUAUUCAAUGUCCAUGUCAAUUUAGCAAGAACAGUGUGUGUCUGAUGUCUUCUUUAAGAUGAUCAUGAUUUAUGUAUUUUUGAUGAAUUGAUAAAUCUUUAUUGCAACAACAUAUCCUAAGUGUCAAGCUCAAGUUAUCUUAAUGAUAAAAGGUUAAUGAAACUGUUGCAGACUGAGCCGGGUCUAAAUUAUAUUUAGUAAAAUAUUUUUUUGCAUCAAUCCCACGUUUGAUAACCGCUCUCAAUAUUCAUGUACGUUAAUAACGGUUAAAGUCUACUUCCUCGCUUACUUCUCGCCGCUUCGGAUUCACAAUCCCGGGUAGGAUGUAGACCUGUUUAAUAUUGCAAUAUAGGACUGCACGAUGGCUAACUGGAACACAUUUUAAAAGACAAAAUUAAAGUGUGAAGCUUAGAUUUAUAUACGGUAAUCAAUCGAGUUGCUAUAAUUUCAUUUAUAGUUAAUUUAAGAAUGUACGAGCGAAUUUUUUCUAACGUUAAGAAUUUUUUCAUACCCUGUGAGCUUGAAGAACAUUAGUUUCUAAGACAAACAAGAGCAGAAAAAACAUAGGUCACCGAACUCGUUUUAAUUUUAUAGGGUACUUUCUUCACCCACUGUUUACGCAUUUCUGAAAUUUUGUAAAUUUGAAAAAAUAUUGGUACUUUAUAAAACAUAUAAUAUCCUACUUAAUCUUAUAGGGAUUUCAGGUCUUACAGGUUAAUAUGAAUAUAUGGUGAUGCCAGUAUAAUAUAAGCAUAAAUGUCACUAACAAUUCUCUUUAAUUUUUACAUGUUGACAUAAUUACCCCACCCACUUUAUUUUCAAUGGAAAAAACGUAUUUAGAUCUACAAAAAAAAUUCUGACGUUAAGAUUUUCAAAAUAUUUUGCAGCAUUAAUGGCACACAAAAAUGCUUCAAAAUGGAAAGAAAAAAAGUUGGGGUCACCGUGCAUCUAAGAGAUUUAUUAAGAAACAGCUGUUAAAAAAUGGUGAAUUUUGACAUUUUUUGUUCUUUUUGUUUUUAUUUAUAUUUUCUAGAUAAUAUAAAGUGCUAUCUUGAAAACUUUUGUUUUAUUUAAAGCUUAACAUUAUAUGUAUCGGUCAGAAAAAUAUCAAAACCAAACUUGAUCUACUUUAAUAGAUAUUUGAAAUUACCUACCCCUACCCCAUUGUAAAUCUUGAAUCAAUUUUUGGCAAAUGCAAGCCAAAAAUAAGGGUGAAAAAUUUUUUUUCGCAAAAAGCAUAAUAUAUUUGGUUAAAUGGUACAUUAUUAGCCAUAUUUUAAUUACUUAGCAUUAAUUUUUGGCAAAACUUUUGUUAGAAAGCAAUAUUCGAAGAAACAUUUUUCAAAAUGGCGGAUAUCCUGAAAAAAAACGCUCGUACAUCCUUAAGCUGAUGAAAUUGUUUAGAGCUGUUGCACAUUCAUUGGUAAAAAAAUUAUACCAAAUUUAUGCUUUUAUAAAUUUUAAAUAAAAUUUAAAAACAAUAAUGUAUUCCUCAUUUCAUGGCAAUUAGAGAUGUCCUUUCAUGAUUUUAUAGUGAAAAAUAGCGAAUAGCUAAGUUUUAGUUUACUCGAACAAACACAAAAAAAUGCGUGUUAUCUCAUUCCCUAUUCUAUUAAAACAUUUACGCGUCUUUUUCGAAAAGAAAUUUCUAAUUGUUUAUAUUAAGUGAUACUGUUUUAUUUUCAUCCCUGGUGGCACGGUAAUUCAUAUAUUAUUCAUUAUAAUCUUUGAUUGCAUGUACGAUAGUAAUACUGUUGAUAAUUACAAUCCUUUUUGAUGAAUGUUGAAACAUGAAAACAGUAUCUGAAAGGCAAUUAAUGAGGCCAGAUGAAGAGAAACAAAUCAGUCACAGUUAAAAUCAAAGCGUGCUUAUAUUGCAUUUACUCUAAAUAUUGACAAUGUAUGAACCUUAGAUGUGACAUUAUUUACAAAAACGUUUACUAAACGAUCACAUCAUUAAUUGACGAAAGCAGCCGUGCCGAUAGCAAAAAUACGAUGGACCAGGUAUAAGUUUGCUUUACUUUGUCAUGAACACAAGGAUACAUGUUAGACAUACCGCUUUAAUGUCCGAUUUCAAAAUGGCUGAUGGUCGUUGUAACAGCUUUGUUUAAAACAAUUGAAAGUGAUUGUGCAAUCCAUGCAUUUAUAUGUGCAAGGAAAAAACUUUUAUUAUGUGUACUGGGGUAUAAGGUAGUAUAUGCAUAUAUCGACAAUAAGAAAAAUACUGAUUUUUUUUGCAAAGGGAGGUAGCUUUUAAACGGGGGGUAUACGGUAAUAUUUAUAAAACUUUAAAAUGUACCGGUAUGUAAGCAUCAUGAAUAAUGUCUUGCUGUAUUGUUUGGGCCAGACCCAUUGAAGGCUUAUAUUACAUUUGCACAAUAAAUAGCAUUCUGUAAAAUUUCAAAGGUCCGCAACUUCUAAAGCGGGCAAGGUACAUUCAUUUCCUGGCAAUAUGUGCAAGUCAUUUCAUAGUGAUACAUUUAUAAGUUUGGGCAAAAUCCCUUGAAAACUGUAAGAGGAAUUUUUCGGAGAGAUAUUUCGGGACGGACGGACAGACAACAAUAAACCCAACACCCACCCAAAAUUUAUCGUGUAACAUAAUAAAUAAAUACUGUUCAUAGUAUACUUCAUUCUAGGAGACUAAAAGAAUU